UUUAGUAAAAGACCCAAUCGGAUCUUAAAUCUUAAGACCUCUGAAUUAGCACCCGAAUCUACAUCUCUCGUCCAGCACGAUCACAUGUGGAUCCGAUGAACAUUCACGUACAAAAUUGCAACUGGUUCUAAAAACAAUUAUUUUAUUCCGGAAACUAAUAAACAUUCAGAGUUUCAGACAAGGGGGCUACUGAUAUCUCCGGCGUCAUCUUGGGAGCUCGGGUGCAGAAGCAGAGCAGCCAACAAGAAGGCAGGCGAUCGACUCGUUCUUGUUUCUCUCCUCCAGCGGCGGCCAUGGCAAGAUUAGGUCUUGCCGUGUGCGCCGCCGUCUGCUUCCACCUCUGCAUUCUUAUCUCGUCGAGCUCCUCCAUCCCCGCAGAGACAGGCAGCCAUGCCGUCAGGAGAACUGCCUACCACUUCCAGCCUGCGAAGAACUGGCAGAAUGAUCCGAAUGGGCCAAUGUACCACAACGGCAUGUACCACCUGUUCUACCAGUACAACCCGCGGAGCGCGCUCUGGGACACCGGCAACCUCUCCUGGGGCCACUCCGUCUCCGGCGAUCUCGUCAACUGGGCCGCCCUCCCCACGGCGCUCGACCCCACCUCGCCGUUCGACGCCAAUGGCUGCUGGUCGGGCUCCGCCACCAUCCUCCCCGGCGGUCUCCCCGCCAUCCUCUACACCGGCAUCGACUCCCGCAAGCAGCAGGUGCAGAACGUCGCCUUCCCCAAGAACCCCUCCGACCCGCUCCUCCGCGAGUGGGAGAAGCCCGCGCGGCACAACCCGGUGAUCGCGCUCCCGGCCGACGUCCCCGGCGACCGUUUCCGCGACCCCUCGACGGCGUGGCUCGGAGGCGACGGCCUGUGGCGCACCGCCGUCUCCGCCGAGGUGGACGGCGUGGCGUCCACGCUCGUCUACCGGAGCAGCGACUUCCUCCGCUGGGAGCGGAGCGCCGCGCCGCUGCACGCCUCGCGCGCCGCGGGCAUGGUGGAGUGCCCGGACCUGUUCCCCGUGGCGGAGCACGGGAGGGCGGGCCUCGACACGUCGGCGAACGGCGCCGGCGUCCGCCACGUGCUGAAGCUGAGCGUGAUGGACACGCUCCAGGACUACUACAUGGUCGGCUGGUACAACGACACGGCGGACGCCUUCUCGCCGGCGGAGCCCGAGCGCGGCGACGACUGCCGGAGCUGGCGGCGCCUCGACUACGGCCACGUGUACGCGUCCAAGUCGUUCUUCGACGCGCGCAAGAACCGCCGCGUGCUGUGGGCGUGGGCCAACGAGUCCGACAGCCAGGCCGACGACGUCGCCCGCGGCUGGUCCGGCGUGCAGACGUUCCCGAGGGAGCUGUGGCUGGACGAGGACGGCAAGCAGCUGCUGCAGUGGCCCGUCGAGGAGAUCGAGACGCUGCGGAGGAAGCGCGCCGGUCUCCGGCGAGGCGGCACCAGGAUGCUGGACGCCGGCGCGCUGCAGGAGAUCGUCGGCGUGGCGAGCUCGCAGGCCGACGUGGAGGUGCUGUUCAAGAUCCCGAGCCUGGAGGAGGCCGAGAGGCUGGACGACGACCCAAACCGGCUGCUGGAUCCCCAGAAGCUGUGCGGCGAGAAGGGCGCCACCGUGCGAGGCGGCGUCGGGCCGUUCGGGCUCCUCGUGUUGGCCUCCGGCGACCUGCACGAGCACACCGCCGUCUUCUUCAGGGUGUUCAGGCACCACGACAAGUUCAAACUCCUCAUGUGCACUGACCUGACAAAGUCGUCCACAAGAGCAGGUGUGUACAAGCCGACCUACGGCGGAUUCAUCGACAUGGACAUCGAGGAGCACAAGACCAUAUCGCUUAGAACCUUGAUUGACCAUUCGGUGGUGGAGAGCUUCGGCGGCGGCGGGCGGGCGUGCAUGACGGCGCGAGUGUACCCGGAGCACGCGGCGGCGGCGAGGAGCAGCCAUAUGUACGUGUUCAACAACGGGAGCGACGCCGUGAGGGUGUCCAAGCUGGAGGCGUGGGAGCUGGCGACGGCGACGGUGAACGGUGUUGGCGGCGGCGGCCACGGCCUUGCAGCUGCCGUUGCGCCGGCACGGCACAGCGACGCCUAAACCAAAGUGUCUGUCACAGUUCGCUUCCAUACUUCGACUGCAUUCUGUGGCCGAUUCGUGACUAGCUUGUGUGACACAUUGGAUUGGAAGAUGCAGAAAACAGAGUCUAUUAGCAAGAAAGAGGCACAGUAAAUAUCAUUCAACGCUACAUGUCACGUGCUUUAUAUAUCGUACUCUUUUCUUAGAUGGUCUUUCUUCUCGUAAAUAUAGUUAUAUAAAGAAGUUGUAAAAAGGGCCUGUGCACCUGACACAUGUCAGGCCGGGGCCGCCGGGCCCAUCCCAACAACCGUGAGUCGUGACAGCGGACAAUGCAUAGUGUCGGACGGAGACAGUGUCGUUAAAUGAUUAAUCGAAAUACAGACGAUUAAUCAGAAUAAUAUGGAAAUUUAAACGUUUGUAUCAAUAUAUGUAUACAUUAGUGUUACUAUUUGUUUUGGAGAUAUUUAAAU